AUGCAGCAGCUUCUCCUCGCGUUGACUUUCUCAGCUGCCUCGGCCUUCGUGGCGCCAACGACGCCUGCCGUGGGCCUCGUUCUCGAUGGAUCUGCAGUCGAUGAAACCGCGAUCGGGGUCCAAGCGCCGGCAGGUUUCUGGGACCCGCUUGGGUUGAGCACCAACCAGCCAGAGGGCUUUGAACGCCGCCGUGCCGUUGAACGUAAACAUGGCCGCAUUGCCAUGGUGGCGAUGGUAGGAUGCAUCGCGCACAACGCCAACGUGGAAUUCCCGGGCUACCUCUCUCUCUCUCAACAGCUCAAGUUCUCCGACAUCCCGAACGGCGGCCAGGGUAUCUUCAAGGUUCCAGCUGCUGGUAUCGCGCAGAUCCUGCUCUUCACAGGACUAGUUGAGAUGGCCUGGUGGCCUGCAUCUAAGUAUGACGGCGACUAUAACGUUGGUUUCUUUGGCGCCAAAUACGGACCGGAGAAGAAAACGCAGAAGCUGAAUGCGGAGAUGGCUAAUGGUCGCCUUGCCAUGCUCGGCAUUAUUGGCAACAUGUUUGCUGAAGGUCAGACUGGCCAGACACUCGGCGAGCAGAUCGGUUCUGGUAAUAUGAUCCCAUUCUAA